UAUGUUAAAAGUGAUAAUAUUAACUAUAGCCAUCUCAUCUGUUCUUUCGACAGGAAGUUAUGAAGCAAUCGAUGUCGAUGAAUAUUUUAAUUAAUAAAAGAAUGAUGAAAUUUAUGCAGCAGCCAGAUUAAAAUUGGAUUAAACUAUCUCAUAAGAUUUUCAAUUUUUAAAAGUUGAAUCAAUAGAGAGAUAAAUUGUUGCUGGAUUCAACUAUAAAUUUUUUAUUAGCUACAAAAAUGAAUAGAGUAUACAUCUUUACGUUAUUCGUAUCUAUUAAGAGUAUAAAAUAUCUAUAAAAUAUAGUUUAUAAAAUAACCUUUAGAUUUAUGAACCAGAACUUAUCAAUCAAAAAGAGUAUCUUUGAAAAAUAUCAUAAUAG